GGACAGCAUACAAAUGUCAAGUAUUUGUCCUAUAUCAUUCAUCAAUUAAUAUAAUCAUCCCGGAUUACAUGUUCCACCGUCAAAGUAACGUUCUUAUUUUCUUUCAAUAUAUCACUUCUACUUCCUCAUUUCCACCUCAACUCUUCCUCGCCCCUCUCUCCAAGUGCUAUGUCGUACAGUAAGAAGCAUGUCAAGAUCGAUCUAUGGCCAGACAAGGAUGAGAAAGAGAAAAAAUACUCUAAAAACAGAGAAACCCUUAAGUUAACUAUUCCAACACUCCUUCUCUUCUGCUCCAUUUGUCUCACCUUCUUAAUUCUCCUAUUCCCUUUAACUUCUCCACCACAAACAACAACAUUUGAAGCCUCAUCACCCCCGCGCACGUGCGACCAAAACUUCACCGUCUACGUCUACGAUCUUCCCAAAGAGUUUAACACCAACCUCCUCCAAAACUGCCGACACUUAAACAUCUACACCGACAUGUGUCCUCACGUGGCCAACAACGGCCUCGGACAACCUCUCCGCCUGGGUGGAGACAGAGAAACAUGGUUCGCUACGCACCAGUUCAUAGCCGAGAUGAUUUUCCACGCACGUGUUGAAAACCAUCCGUGCCGCACGUGGGAGCCAGACAAUGCCGAUAUUUUCUACGUCCCCUUUUACGGUGGGCUCUACUCCUCAAGCGUGUUCCGACAACACAAUCUUACGAAGCGCGACGAGCUAGCCGUUAGAUUAGUUGACUACAUUAGUGGUCAACGAUGGUGGGGGAGAAGCAACGGUCGAGAUCAUUUCUUGGCAAUUGGGAGAACAGCUUGGGAUUUCAUGCGAUCCAGUGAUGAUGAUGCAAGCACUGACUUUGGUGCAAACAUACUCAUGCAAAUGCCACGUGUCAGAAACAUGUCGGUGUUGACUGUGGAGAGGCAACCGUGGAAAGGUCAAAACCAGUUUGGCAUACCGUAUCCUUCCUAUUUUCACCCGUACACGUCAGCAGAGAUGUUGACGUGGCAAAACAAGAUGAGAAAUGUCGAGAGACCAAACUUGUUUAGUUUUGUCGGUGGUCCGAGAAAGGGCUUGGAGAAAGCAGCCAUCAGAGACGAGCUGAUCAGACAAUGCGCUGGCUCAAGCCGUUGUGAGCUUCUCAAAUGUGAAAGUGGAGGGUCCAGGUGCCACGACCCGAUGACGGUAUUAGGAGUGAUGGCUCGGUCACGGUUUUGUCUACAAGCACCAGGUGACUCGUUCACACGUAGGUCAACAUUCGAUGCAAUGUUAGCAGGGUGCAUACCGGUUUUCUUUUCACCACACACUAUGUAUACACAGUACAUGUGGUAUCUUCCAGAUGACAAAAGUAGUUACUCAGUGUUUAUGGACGAAAAGAACAGUACUCUUAUAGAACAAGAGCUCUCGAGGAUCACGGAGAGUGAGGUGGCUCAAAUGAGGGAAGCUGUUAUUGAAAUGAUCCCGAAAAUGACUUAUGCGCACCCAAAUGCUACUAACUAUGAUUUGCCAGAUGCGGUUGAUGUAGCGUUAGAGGCAUUAGCUAAACAAGCUAAGGCUAAUGUUGUGUAUUCAUUGUAAGAAGCUCUUAUGAUUUUGUUCUUUUUUGGAUGUAAUUAAUCAUAAUGACUCGAGAAUUGCCAAAUACUGAGAAUGAACAUGGGCUUGUUGUGAGGGCGAUCAUUUUCAGCCCAUCAUUCUGAGAUUCGUUUCUCGAAAAACAAAUCAAGAACCAUGUGAAUGUCAUAUAAUAAUAGCCCAUGACGAUUUUUUUUGGGUACAAGACCAUAAAAGCUUAA